AUGAAUCAAGAAGAAAAUAAAGUAGUAUGGUCUUGGAAAUCCAAUAAAAAUCCUUGGUCGUUAAAACAAGCUGAUGAAUGGUGUGCAUUUCCGUCUUUAAUUAAUAAUCAAAUUGAACAAGCUUAUCUUGCUGAUCAAGAUCAGAUCAUUAUUGAUGAAAAUUAUAAAAUUAAUUUUAAGCAUUUCUUACAAGUGAACAUACCUGAUGCAAGCAAACAACGACCGAUUCGUCGAUGUUUAAACACUCAUAUGAUCUCGUAUUAUUGUCGUGAACGUUUUAAUUUUGUUCAACCACUUCAACAUUCGAUUAUGGAUGAUACUCCAUACUAUGGAUCAGUCUUCAUUACGGAUUGGUUAAUUAUGUUUACUGAAGGAACAUUGAAAAUUGAAUUUUCACAAUUAAUUAAUGAGCUUAUUAGUGGAAUUUCAACUGAAGGUGAAAAUCUUGAUUUGAUUCAAGAAGCUCAACAUUUAAAUGGAGAAAUUCGAGCAAUAAAAAAGAAAAAUAUGGAAAACUUACAGCAAUGUUGUGCCCGUUUAUACACCAAACCAUGUUUUCUAUUUAAAAUUGUUAAUGAAACUUUACGUGAUAAUAAUCGUAAGAAAUUAAAAACUCUUGGCCCAUUUUGUUAUCUGCUCUAUAACUAUAUUGGCAUUCGACAUAAUAAAUAUCUCUCCAUACGACAACAAAUCAAGCGAUUGUUUAAACCUGCUGAAGAACAAUUUUCAUCGUUAACUGUCUAUCGUGGUGAAGAAUUAUUAUCGGAACAAAUUGAAACUUAUAAACAAGCUGUUGGAAAAGGUUUCUCUUAUAAAUGGUCAUCAUUUAUUUCUACAUCCAAAUCACGUGAAGUUGCAGAAAUGUAUGGAUCAAAUGUUUUAUAUAUUAUACAAAUUCCACGCAUUUCAUCAAAUGAUCAAUAUGUGGAUUUAUCAUCGAUAGCUUAUAUAAAAGAUGAACAAGAGAUUCUCUUAAGACCUGGUGUUCGAUUAAGAAUUGAUAAAUAUCAUUUCCAUUCGAGAACACAACGAUAUGUUUUCUAUGUACAAAUUUUACCAUCAUUUAUUUCAAAUAUAAUGUAA